AAAUGGUUUUAUAUUUGUUUGUUACUGUAAUAGAAAAUGGCACUUCUGUCAUAAAAUCAAGCCUAAUUAGUAUUGAAGAAACUAAAAAAAUCAAGGAUUUAUUAGAAACAGUACUAAAAAAAGAUACAUUGUUUCAUGAAGAAUUACAAGUAAAAGUAGAAUUUCAAAAUAAUGAUUUGUCAGUUUGGCAUGAU